AUGCCCUGCGACUUCCUCGUGGGCAUCCUGAAGAUGUUAGAUCUGGCUUUCGUCCAGGAGCUGGAGGUGUUCGACUGGUUCCGGGCCCUCUCGGAGCAGAGCCUGUUUGCCACGCAGCUGGGAAAGUUCUGCAAUCUGCACAGCCUUAAGCUGGCCUACUACCACUGGGCUUUCACCCCCGAGGGUGAACAGUCUUCCAGCUACCUCCUCUCCCAGCUCAGCAAGCUGGUCCAUCUCCGGAAGCUCUACUUGUCCUACUCCCAUCUCUCAGGCCACCUGCAUCAGGUGCUCAGCUGCCUGCAGACCCCUCUGCAGACCCUGCAGAUCCACUCCUGUACCCUUCUUGUCACUGACGUCACCUACUUGUCCCAGAGCCCCCACGCCCCUCACUUGAAGAAACUGGACUUAAGUGGCAACAACCUGGCCAACACGGUGCCGGGGCCCUUGGAGGUCCUCCUGGGGGAGGCUGCGGGGACCCUGCAGCACCUGGGCCUGAACCACUGCAGGCUGAAGGACGGCCACCUCCACACCCUCCUGCCCGCCCUGGGCCACUGCUCCCGCCUCCGUUCCCUGGGCCUCGCCGACAACCCCGUGUCCCGGGCCGGCCUCCUGAGCCUGCUGGAGCACACGGCCGGGUUGCUGGAGCUGAAGCGGGUGCUGUACCCCAUCCCCGUGGAAUGCUGCACCUACCUGCACGGCCUCUCCUGGGGCCCGGUCCACCAAGGGAAGCUGGGCCAGGUGCAGGCCGAGAUGCAGAAGCUGCUGCGGGCGGCGCAGCGGGCGGACAUGCAGUGGAGCCGUCUGCUGCCCUCACCCCUGCCCCUGAGACUGGUGUGGCCUGAGUGA